CAAAACGGGAACUGCGGGUAGGAAGAUCGGGGGAAUGGGCUUGAUAUCUAGCUUGUAAUCGACCCCCCCCCCCCUGUGAUUAAGAGCGAGAUGGAGGACUCGGGUGCGAUGACAGCUAAUGCACAGGAGUUCUGCCUCCGCUGGAACAACUUCCACUCCAGCUUAGUAACAGCACUGGAUGGAUUCAAGAAUGACCAAGAUUUUGUAGAUGUAACUCUAGCGUGUGAAGGGCAGUUCCUCAAAGCUCACAAAAUGUUACUUUCAGCAUGUUCAGUUUUCUUCAGAGAUCUCUUGAAGGCAAAUCCUUGUCAACAUCCAAUUGUCAUAUUGCCGCCAGAGGUACGUUUUGCGGAUUUAGAGAAGCUUCUACGAUUUAUAUACCAGGGGGAAGUAAAUGUGCAUCAAGAAAAUUUGGCUAGAUUUCUCAAAACAGCAGAAAUGUUGAAGAUUAGAGGCCUUGCAGAGGAUAGUGAAAAGCAAAGAGUACUUCGGUCAUCCUCUCCAAGACCACCGGAGGGAUGUGACUCAGAUUCCGUCAGCCCCAAACGACCCAGGUUAUCCAUAGACGUCCACCAACCCACCCAAGAACCACAGACUCCAAAUGAUGAUAGUCGGUUAUCAGGUGGUGAUUCAGAUUCAGAAAUGAUUCCUGUCAAACAAGAAAUGGUCGAAUUGAAAGAAUGCAGUGAUUCUGCUUAUGAAGGUGGUGAAGGUGAGGCCUUUAUCCCAGAGGCGUACCUGAGAGAAGGAGGUCCUGCCUCCUCCUCCUCACAACAAUCCCAACAACAACAAGCUCCCCCAAAUGCACCCCCGCCCCCCGGGCCACUAUUACCGUCAUAUGUUCCGCCACCACAAGUGAAGACACAAGAUGGGCUCUGUCGGACCCCACCGCACCCGGUAGGGGGACUCAUCAGACGCUUUUUGGAAGAAUGCUUGCAGCUAACUGAGCCGGGACCCCUGCUGUCCUGCUAUACGGGACUGGAGUCGACCCCACACUUCCAACUUCUGCGAUCUGUAGCAAAGGAAUGGAGCUACUGCCGUAAUGCCACCCAGAAUUACACCACUAUGGGUGGUAGUAGCAAACGCCAGAGGGCUACUUCAAGGCUUAUUGAAACAUUUGAAAGUAUUGAUGCUCUUCGCACACAGCUGGCUCACUACAUGCACCAGAUCAUUCUGCUGGAAAUGUCCAGUCCUGGUACUUUAGCAAAAGUAUCACAGGCUGAACUCCAGGUACAGCAACAUCAACAACAGGUAAAUCAACAGGCACAGCAACAGCAAGGGGAAGGAGCAGCAGCUGAAGGGGGAAAUAAUAGUAAUUCUGAUACUGCACCCAUGGAUAUAACAGAGAUGACAGGUAUCACAAGUGAGCAAGGCAAUAACUUCGCUAAAGCCACUGAAGUUAUGAAGCAGUUACGUAAGUUGUAUUUUGACCAGUCUCGCCGACUAGCUGUGCGCAUUAGCCAGCUGAAGAAGGGGCGACAACAGUCUCAGGAACGUAUGCAGAGACAGCAAGCCAUGCAACAAAACUACCUCCAGCAAACUUUACAACAGCUCCAGCAACAGCAGCAUCACCAGCAACAACAGCAACAACAACCACAGCAUCACCAGUCUCAGCAGCAACAGCAUCACCAGGGACAACAAAUGGGUAGUCAUCAGAUGGGUCAAGGUCAACAAGAUGGAGCUGCACAGCUCUUACAUGGUCAACUGUCUCUGCAUCAUCUCCACCAACCUUGGUCUGACUAGUACUGGUGAUGAAGUUGCAUCUCAUAAAACUGGUCUUGUCCUCUAAAAUGUAAACCUAUUAGCAGCAGCUACCUGCAGUCCCACUUCUGUUGUGAGAUACUUAAAGUAUAUAAUGGUAAGGUCCAUGCAAGAAGCUUGUGACAGAGGCAACAGGCUCAAUCAAAAGGCCAUUUUUGUGCUGGAAUUGAGAGUUUGCUUCCUCAGAAGGUAUUGCUUUCCUGUGCAUACUGAUAAAUCAACUUCAGUUAAAGCCAGUGAUAAUGUGAAACAAUGCCUCUUUUAAGUUUAGAGUAGUGGAUAUGCAACUAUUGUCAUGGUCAUGAUGCGUAUGAGUGCACAAAGGAUUUUCCAGAAUCUCAUAGCUAACACAGUCCUGGAAACCAUCUAUGCAUUGUACAGGAAAUCUUAUGACCAUUUCAACAAAAAUAAUUUUGUUACUAAUUAAUAUGUAGAAUGUGGUGUACAUAAUAUUAAGUACUGGUAGGUAUGGUGAAUAACCUAUUGUGGUAUAAGGAUUCAGUGUUCCAAUUAGGUUUUUGGAAAAUGUGGUGUCAUAAGGCAUAAACAUUUUCCUUCAGCACACAACUCAGGAAGUGACAGGGCAUAUGUUACAUAUUCCAACUCUCCUCACAAGUCUUUUUUUAAGCUGUAAGGUUGAAUGCUUCACAAUCAAGAACGGGUCUCUUGCUACUUAAGCCACAUUGAGGAGCUUGAUUCAAACGUCUAAAUGGAACACUGUUUUCUUCACAAUGUAGGUGUCUUGUUUGAGAGGUAUUGAGCAUUUCAGGUAUUACUGGUAAUCAAAUUCUUAUACAUUAAUGAAGAAAAUGGUUUAAAACAUUGACAAAAGGUCCUUGUGGCGAUUUGUCUGCCAUAACUUGCAGUCGUCAGAAGUUAUGUGUGAAUGUGUUUUAUCCUGUGACUGGUGUGCAGGGCUGCAGCUUCUUCUCCCCCCCCCCCUUCCCAGGGAGUCUCUUCCAAUACAAACCUUGUAGUUUGGAACAGUUACAGAUAUAUCCAUCUAUGUCAUUACUGUGUGUACAUCCUUGUGAUGCUCCUCAUCUUACAUAUGAAUGAUCACAUAAACUUUAUACCUCAAGAUUCUACCUGUAAACAAGCCAAGACUUAAAAUCUAUUUUAUUUACUAGCAUUAUACCAGGUGCUCUAAGCCCAGUGUCUUUAGUGGUCUUAUAUUUAGAAAUGGCUAGGCUUAUGUGGGUGGAGGUUUUGUUGACAUAUGCCAAAUUUUACAUAUACCUUGCAUGAAAUAUAAGUUUAGUAUUGGAGUUAGCCUCUUAAUGAUGUGCCAUGGGCAGAAUUUGCUGCUCUUGGGCUAGGCACAGUGGACUCAAGUUAUAUUGACCAUACAAAUGAGAAAUAUGGCAAAUUAUAUUAGCCAUACAAAGUAGAAAUACGGCACUUGGCGUAUGUUGUUAGUUUAUAUUCAGGUAUGUAUGUAUUACAUACACAUGUCAGAGUGAGGGGGCUUAUUAAACUGAGCAGUUAUCAGGUAAACAAAGUUCAGGUUUCAAUUAGACUUAAAUGCUUUUGAAUGGUACUUGCAUCAGGAAGAAGCUAAAGUAAUUAAAAGUCUCAGUAUCCAAAGAUGACUGAAAAAACUCACAUGAUAUGUUGCUUUUCUCCUGGUGCAGGUUGACCUUCAAAAUCCAACAUUUUACAGAUUACAGAGAUAGCUAUAUUUAUUAAGUUACAUUAGGCUACAUUAUACUAUUUUUUAUGGUAUUUAGAUUGUUUAUUAUUUUAUAAUUUUUAUUAAUGUUUGAUAAUGCAUUUUGAUAUUUUAUAUUUAUAUACUGUAUAGUGUAUUUCAAUCUGAAGUGUAUGAUUGUGUCAAAUGUUUUAAGAAGCGCUAAAGCUGAAUCCAUAGUAGGGUUGGCCAGGUCAAGUUCAUAGCAGAUCUUGCCUUAGAGGGUACAGGAGUUUUUGAGGUCUGUGCCCAACUCUGUAACACACGGGGAUAAUGUCAUGCUAUGCAACCUUCAGUCUCGAGUAAACAAGAGCUCAGUUAUGGAGGAACUUUUGCCAUGACAAAAGUUUAAGAAACACAAGAACUGGUAUGCAUAAUGAUUGCUGCUACAGAUCUCUUGUUUGAUAAAUGAUGUGUGAUGUAAAGCGCAUGAUAAAUUGAUUUUUUUAUAAUUUAUAUAGCGGGUAAUGUAAAACAGUAUUUGUAUUUCAUUGUAGGGACAUAGUGAUAGAUCAGUAACCUCAAAGAUGUGUUACUUCUCCAUUGGUGUUGUUCUAAGUUUGGGAAAUUACAUGAACUCUCUCUAGGCCUGUGAACGUAUGGGUUAUUUUUUAUACCAAUACCUCAGGUGUGUUGGAUCUGAUGAACAAUUAUUGAUAUCCAGACCACCAUAUGUAAGUACCUGUGAUUUGCUGAUUUUUUUUUUUAGCUAAUACACAAGUGCUUACGAUGAGGUCUGUGAUGAUAAAAUUUGUGAACCUAGUCCCAGACAUUUGUGGUAUUAAUGUAUCCAUUCUUGGUCAAGUAUUACAUAUAUCAGCUGUGAAAGAAGACAAGAAUGACAUGAACUCUCUUUAGGCUUGUGAACGUAUGGGUUAUUUUUUAUACCAAUACCUCAGGUGUGUUGGAUCUGAUGAACAAUUAUUGAUAUCCAGACCAUCAUAUAUAAGUACCUGUGAUUUGCUGAUUUUUUUUUUUAGCUAAUACACAAGUGCUUACGAUGAGGUCUGUGAUGGUAAAAUUUGUGAACCUAGUCCCAAACAUUUGUGGUAUUAAUGUAUCCAUUCUUGGUCAAGUAUUACAUAUAUCAGCUGUGAAAGACGACAAGAAUGACUGGGCUUGCAAUUAGGUAUUGACAAAUUAUUUGUAUAUAUAAGCUGUAUCAGGCUUCGAGCCCUGCAUGCAUGGCCACAAGCUGGCAAUGGAUCAUAUGAUGGAUGGUGCAGAUUUCAUUCACUAGGAUAUAUGGUUUUUGUGUUUAGGAAAUGAUUUUAUGAAAUGGGAGAUGGAUUGUAGAUAAAUGUUUUGGAGAUGAAUUUAUAAGAAUUGGAUGUGAAUUUUUGAAUUGGAUAAGAGCGUAGAAUUAGGAAAUGGCAAGAAUAUGAUGGAAUGGUUUAGAUAAGUGGGAGAUAUAAUUGGAGAGAGAAUGAUUAGAUGAGUUUAUUCAGAUGAGUUGAUUAAAAGUGAAUGUAAAAGCAAAAAAAAAAAAAAAAAAGAAAAGGUGCAGGGGUAAAAUUAAGGAUUACAGUACAGGUAUGUGUAUUAUUGGUGUUUCAUGGGAAGGAUGUGUGCUAAAUUGUUGAGCAUGUGGAAUGGAAAAGGUUCAUCGUUUACUACCCUGCAGUGAUGCAGGAGAGCGUAUAUAUUUAUAUAUAUAUAUAUAAGGUCAGUAUCAUUACAUCAUUGAUAAAAUUACCCAGAAUUCAUGCUUGCAAUAGGGCAUUUUAAGUACAACAAUAAUGAGUUGGAUCGUAAGUCCUAGCCAAAAAUCAUGGACAGCAAACCUGGGUGGAAUGGAUGCUAUAGUACAGUGUAUCUGUUCUUACAAAGACUUGUAUGCACUCCAUUAAUGUCCAUCAUAUCCAUACCCACGAUACAUAUCCAGGGCUACACAAUAAACGGGUACUACAUACAAGGUCACUAUAACAGGGUCCAGCUGGCGUGCCUAGCGCUUCCGGUGUUGUUCGUCUUGCAUUCCUACAGUGGAAUUAGACAUUCAGGAUCAGUUACCUCUAUUAUUUCCACAUUAUUUUUGGGUUAGGAAAGUCCUUAGAAUAAAUUAUAAUCACUCUGGUCUCUUGAGCCAAUUUCUUGGGUGCAUCUACCUCAUGUGGUUUCUUCUGGUGGCUUGUGUGACCCCUUCCAUGACAUUUUAAGGUCCUCCUCAUAAUCAAAGUCAGGGAUUGAAUUUAGAGUGUCUGCUGAUCAAAUUUUGUGUUAUAUUCAAUGUCUUCUCAGGGUCACAUUAGAUAAUGGCCGACUUUCCAUGUUGCUAAUAAGGCUGGAUUUCUGAAAAUGCUAGUAAUUAGAACCAGCUAACAGGACAUUGACAGGUGUCAUUUUCUGUCAUGUAGCCAUGAGAAUCAUUAGAAUGUUCAUAAUUGCAGAAAUAAUUCAUUGAGUUAUUUUGGGCCUUAUGAGGUCAUUAUGGGAGGUGUCUGUCAAACCAAAUGUUAAUAUAUCCUGCAGGUUUUUAACAUUCAGGGUCAUGUAUUAUUAUAUACAGCAACUUUUCUGUCAGGGGUUCUUGCAAUAUUCAGGUGAAGAUACCAUAGUUUUUGUAAUUUUUUGCCAUGACAACUUGUACAACUCGGCUACAACUUCAACGCAGGUACUUUGUAGUCUGGGGAUGUCUUUGUAAACAAGUUAAUAAUAUUACUGGCAGUUUAAAACUGUAUAGGUGAUAAAUUACUUGAUGAUUCAUAGCCAUGCAAAAUGUUUACUGUUUAGAACAUGUUGUGAUGUUUCUUAGUAAGGACAUGACAUGACUGGUGAUGCUAAAACUUCCACACUGCCUCUAUAAGUCCAAUUUUUCUCACUGGUAGAAAGGUUGUUGCAUUCAUAGUUGCAGUGCAAUUAUUAGCACUUGCCAAGCAUGUUUCAGAUUUACUAUUAUUAGGUUUUAAGUUUCAUAUUUGGGUUAUUAAUACUGUAUGUGUUACACCCAUACUUCAAUUAUCUAGCAAAAUAUUUGUAAGUCUUUUUAUCAACCAUAAUGUAGAAUUUUCCCAGUUUCAUGAAAAUAUGUGGAUAAGCUAUGAACUUCUUAGUUUUUAAAUUAUAUGCCUUGUGUGAUUUAGGAUUUUAUUAUCUGACUCGUAGAUAAUAUGAAGUAUUUGUGUGUUUCUUUUUAUAACUAUUGUACCUUGUAUUUGAUUUUGUUAAGAAUUUUAUAAGAAAAUAGUUUGUGUUUUUACUAUCAGUGAUAGUGCAUAUUUUCAGAAGUGCAAAAUUUUGUAUUAUUUCCCUUGUAAAAUAGGAUUUGUAAUGGAGAAAGAAAAAUAUAGCAUUGAAAAGAUAAAAUUUAUCUUUGAUAAAAUUAGAUCUUUUUGUGAAAUUUCCAUAUUAUUGUACACUUAAAUGUAAACUUCAAAGAUAUUAACUGUGGUUGUUAUAUUUUUUAUAUUUAUUAUUAUUAUUAUUAUUAUUAUUAUUAUUAUUAUUAUUAUUAUUAUUAUUAUUAUUAUUAUUAUUAGUUAGGUGGUAGCAAAGUAAACACAGAAUCAGAGAGACGACUUUAUUCCAGACAUUUUGUCUCAAAGAACUUUUAAAAAGUUCUUCAAGAUGAAAUGUCAGGAGUAAAGUUGUCUCUGACCCAGUGUUUCCCUUGCAACCACCUCAGCCAUUUUUCCAAAUGAAUCCGACUAUUAUUAUUAUUAAUAUUAUUAUUAUUAUUCUUAUUAUUAUUAUUAUUAUUAUUAUUAUUAUUAUUAUUAUUAUUAUUAUUAAUAUUAUUAUUAUUAUUAUUAUUAUCAUCAUCAUCAUCAUCAUCUUCGUCUUUAUUAUUGGUGAAAUUUCCAGUGUAGAUCUUUUCAAAUACAUUUCUUUCUCAACUACUUAUCCUAAAUAAUUUCCAAGUAAAUCUAUCUUAGUGUCUAACGAUAAACAGUAUAUGGGUUUGCUGCGUACAAAACAAAUAGCCAUUGUCUAUUUGAUGUAAUACGAUUUUUAACAAUGCCCGUUAUCAUAGAGGAUUAGGGUUCAGAUAGCUUAAAUACGUGGUUGUGUCUUGACUGGCAAGUUUAAACCUUUGCAGUUUCUUGUGAAGUAUUCCAUGUUUUAACUUGUAAGAUGAAAAGUACUAUAGAAAUCUUGAAUAAAGAUUCAGACUUGCCAGGGAGUCACAUUUAUUGUCCGUUGUCAAUCUCUAGUCCUCAUCUUUCCAUUUUAAACGUUUGUAAUCCCCUGUAUCUUCAUAUAUGUACUGGCAAAUUUAAUGCAAGGUUAGAAGGAUGUCAGGGCACUGAUGACACUGACAGAAAGCUUUACGUUGUUAGGUGCACUAUAUUAUUUGGAAUAUGAAGGGUGUAUCAUUGUUGGGUUAAAAAGUGUGAAACACUGCUUGGAAGCUUUAAACAUGCUCUUGAUUUUAUUUGCCAUGAAAUCUAUUGCUCAAAGUAACUCAGUUUAAAUAGGUUUUAAAAGGUAAUGACAGUAGUAAAAUAUAUGAUAUUCUUAUGAAUUAAUGAAACAUUUUUUUUUAUUGUUGGGUAGUUUCAUGUUUGUUAUUUUUUAUGACUCAUAAACAGUUUAAUAGUUUUAUGAUAUAUUUCUUAUCAUUCCUUGAAAUUGCUGAGGCAAUAUGUUUAGUACUUUAUAUAUAUGCUGGUUGGUGCCUCAGUGUCCCGAUAGCUUCAGAUGUUGGUGUCGUAGCUUUAGAUGAUAAUGUCUAGCAUACGGAACUAUCAAGUGAUUGCAGUGGACUCCUUGGCGAGUUUCACUGUGCCAUGGCAUUCUAUUCAAUGCAUUUUAUAGUCUCACAUAUGGAAACUAAUUGAUACCUAUUAAUAAAUGAACCUAACUUA